UUUCUCUCCUCUCUUUCUCCUCCUCUCCUCCUCGGUGUACUUGGGGAAAUGACACAGCGGGGCGAGAGAGCUCGCGCCCGCCCGGAUAUUUGCCGCGUUUUUCCACUCAAACAAACAAACAUGGAUCCGUUCCUGAUGAUUUUGGGUUCCGCCCGCGCCGCCGAGUCUCCACUUGUGCGCUAAAACACUAUUGCGCAACCCCGCUGUCUUGUCUGCGCCGUCCUACAUCUUUAAAAAAAAAUUGGGUAGGUGUCGACUGGCGUCUACUGAACCCCCCUCUGGAUGUUUAUUGCUACUUCUCUUUUUUCUUCUUCUUCUUCCUGACCGUCCACAUGACUGAACCCGGGUGCAGCCGGAGACGUGGCUCCCCACUCGGGAACACCUACGGCUAAAGUUUGAAGGGUGCAGGGGGUGCUCACAGUCUCCACUGUGCACUGGAUUUGCCACUAUAUACCCCCCCCCCCCCCCCCACCCCACCCCGCACACGCAUUGCAAUAACACCGCGGAUAUCCUCUCGCUUCUCCGCGCGCACGCCCGAGGAUUUCACUCGACUUUUGGAUUUUAACACGGCGCGUCUGGAUUUCACCCUCACGUCUCCAACACCAUGAGGACCGUGAUGAUGGACGGGGGGCGACUCCUUUUCCUGGUGAUGUGGCUGAACCUCGUGCCUCAAACUGCCGGCUGCCCUGCCAAGUGUGUGUGCUACAGCGAGCCCCGGCCCACGGUGGCCUGCCAACAACAAGGACUGUUUUCCAUCCCCACUGAGAUCCCCGUGCGGAGCCAGCGGAUAUUCCUCCAGAGCAACAAGCUGACGGUGGUGAGAUCCACCAGCUUCAGCUCUUGCCACAAUCUCACCGUUCUCUGGCUCUACUCCAACAACAUCAGCUACAUUGAGGCCGGAGCCUUUUACGGCUUGGAGAACCUGGAGGAGCUGGACAUCGGCGACAACGGCAACCUGCGCACCAUCAGCCCGACGGCCUUCCGAGGCCUAACCAAGCUGCACACCCUCCACCUGCACAGGUGUGGUCUGUCGGAGCUCUCCGUCGGGGUUUUCCGAGGAAUGUUCUCCCUGCAAUACCUUUACCUGCAGGACAAUAACAUUCUCACCCUGCACGAUGACACCUUUCUAGAUCUUGCCAACCUCACCUAUCUCUAUCUGCACAAUAACAAGAUCAAGAUAGUGACCGACAACAUGUUUCGAGGCUUAAUCAAUCUGGAUCGACUGCUGCUUCACCAGAACCGGGUUAUCUACGUCCAACAGAGGGCCUUUGGUGAUCUCGGCAAGCUGAAAUCCCUGUUCUUGUUCUUCAACAAUCUCACCGUGUUGACCGGAGAGACCAUGGACGCCCUGGUGUCUCUUCAGUACCUGCGUUUGAACGGGAACCAGUGGAUCUGCGACUGCCGGGCGAGGACCUUGUGGGACUGGUUCAAACGUUUCAAAGGUUCCAGCUCCGAGUUGGAGUGCAACGUUCCCGAGUUCCUGACUGGAAAGGACUUGAAGCGACUGAAGAGCGAAGACUUGGAGGGGUGUGUGGAAACGCCUCAAAUCCAGACCAACCUCUUCAGCUCCAAGGGGCAGGGUGGGAAAUUCUCUUCCACCGAAAAUCCUCUGGGAGACAACAUUCCCCGCUGUUGCCUUGGAGACAACGACAAGUCCUCCAUACUGUCAGGCAAGAGCCACCAGAUCACCAACAACACCCUCAAGGAAAAGGAGAACAUGUCCAAGACUAAAUAUAAAGAGCCGGAGCGAACAAAAAAUGAGACCCAGAACAAGCAGAACGACGGACCGCUGGGAACCUUGUCCAACACCCUGGACAAGUCUCUGGAGAAUCUGAACCCCGACCUUAUAGACAAUCUGGAGUCCUCCACAGCGUCAAACAAAAAGAAAAAGAAGUGUUCCAAAAAGCCCAAAUCCGACGCCCACUGUAUCAAAGGCCGGGGUUCUGCUUUGCAAGCGCUGCGUUGUCUCUUCAUUCCCAUGAUCUGGAUAUCUCUAGCCAUGUCUUAGGACUCCUGCCGUCACUCUGAACACACAGAACUCAAGAUUGUUGAAGCUCUUGACAAUGAUAAACUGGAGACGCAACGACGUCGACGACAGACGAGUGACUGAAAAGCGAAGGAGUUGCGUUGACCCGACAUGGGCGGGGACAAAAGAUAAUGACGUUAAAGUACAUUUGAUAAAAUGGAUGCCUUUACAGAACACUACAGAUCUAAUGUAUAUAACGAAUCGGUGCCCACAAUUGUUUGUUCUCUGUGUACUUAACUGUACUGUGUCAAAGCUACACUCCGGGGUCUCCCCCUCCUCUCCCCUUCCCCCUCUCAAAAGCUAUUAUUGCUUUAGACUGCUCCACCGGAAGAUGGAGAAAAAAAUAAAAGACGUACACAAGAAAACAAACACAGGAACUCAGAGACAAAGCGCACACAAAGAAUGUUGGGUCGGUUUGAUGAAGAUAAACGAUCUCCCCACCCCACCCCCCUCCCGCCCCAUUAUUUAUUUAAAGUGAUGCAUUUGUUGGGUGAUGUUAUGUUUUUUAUGUUCAUAAAAGCAAAUGUUUUAACCCCUAUUUUAGUUAUAUUUUCAUGAAAGGAUUUAUGGGUAGCAUUUACCAAAUACAUGCUGUCAAUUUGUUUAUGGAGAUUGCAAUGGAACCAUAGAUAUGCAUUUUAUUUUACUUAUGUACAAGUAUGGAUAUAUUAUGAAUAAAAGUUCUUAUUUCGUA